AUGGCUGGUGAUCCGAUACUCCUAUCGACCAACGCCGGGAGGUAUAAAGCCUUCUUCUACUGCAACACGGUUGCCUUUGCGGCCUCUUUGCUUGCCAUCUUUCUCGCCCAGAAAAGUUACCUGAACGAGCACCACGCACUGCAAGCGGCCAUGAUAUUGGACUUGCUUGGCCUCAUCGUCGCAUACGCAAUCGGGAGCUGCCGGGACCAAAUAUCCUCCAUGUAUGCCGUGGGCAUAGCUGGUGCCGCCGUGGUCUACGUGGUCGUCCACGUUCAAUAUUUCACGUUGGGCAGCGAAGAUGAAGCGCCGGUUGUCCUCAAAAAGAUAAAAGAUGAUGCGUUGGUGGACAAGAAGGGACACCGUUUCCUCCUCUUCGCAAUCCUGGUCGCAAGCAUCACUUACCAAGCCGGCUUGACCCCACCAGGCGGCUUCCUGCUCCAGGACGACAUCCAGUCCGGGCACCGUGCGGGCGACCCAGUUCUCCUCCACAACUAUCCACGCCGCUACAAGGUCUUCUUCUACUGCAACUCGGUGAGCUUCAUGCUGUCCACCGUCCUCAUCUUACUCCUCGUCAACCCGAAUAUGUACAGGCCAGCCAUACGAAGCCAUGCCUUGUCUCUCUGCUCAGCGGUGAGCUUCAUCUGUCUGAUCGGUGCCUUUGCUGCCGGAAGCACGCAGCAUCUGAAAACAUCCUUGUACAUCUUCGUGUUAGCGGCUGUGGCCUUCUUAUUAUGUCUGCUCCUACUGCUCACCAUAUAUUUGCUGGGGUGGACGACGGAAGAGGAAGAGGAGAGAAUGUCGGAAAAUGAAGACGCCAACAUGGAAAAUGAAGACGCCGGCAAGAAAAAUGAAGUCACCGACAAGGAAAAUGAAGUCACUGACAUGGAAAAGAAGAUAUACCUCAUGACUCUAGCAAUUCUGGUGGGGAGUGUAACCUAUCAAUCCGGCCUGGACCCGCCGGGCGGAUCUUGGCAGAGCACCGGCGACGGGCACGACGCGGGCAACCCAGUGAUGCAUGACAACAGGAGGAACCGGUACCUCACAUUCCUCUACGGCAACUCCACCUCCUUCGUGGCGUCCAUUUAUCUCAUCGGGCUGUUGCUGUUCAGCAUGUCCCCCAGGUGCAACUGGUUGAAAAUGGCGAUAGAACCGACGGUCGUGGCGCAGUUCCUUGGAUUCUUAGUGGCCUACGCAGCUGGCUCCAGCAGGCAGUGGAAGACGUCUGCGCAUGUUGGCACACUUGUCAUCGCCGUGCUGGCCUAUGUCGCAACCCAUGUGAUGCUGUCAAACUGCAGAAGAAGAGCCCGGAAGGGAACCAAAGAUAAAUGUCUCUCCCACAGUGAGUUCAAGGUUAACUCCGUUAUUCAUGUUGGCUGCAGCUCGGUUCCCACAUUUUAA